AAGUUUCUGUUUUAUUGCUCUGCAGUAAAUGUUGGAGACUAAAUAAAAUUCUUCUUUCGAUUUACACACGCAUAACAAAAAAUAAGUCAUUAAUAAAAAAAUAAUAAAUUGAAAAAUCCAAAAAUAUUUUAUAUAUAUAUGCUGCUGAGACUAAUAAUAAACAGUUCUUUCGAAACCAAAAGUGACGAUAAUGCGGAGGAGAGCGGAGAUGCUAAGGAUGCAGAAGAUGCGCUGCAUUGCGGAUGGAGAUAAUGGAUGUACGAAGUUAAUGGAUGCGGGGACAGAUGGCUGAGUUUUCCGUAUGGUUUUCCUGCUGUAUAAAAUAUAGCAGCUGCUCUAAAAUUCCUGAGAUAACUUAAUCAUGGGGACCAGAGCAGCUGCUUUUACAGCUAAAAUCCAUAAUCUACAGCACUAUAAUGCAAGAAUCAAGCAUAACCUUGUUCCUUUACCUUCUGGGGAUGACGUAGCAAACACCUUAAAGUAUUUUUCUCAAACUUUAUUGAGUGUUCUGAAAGAUGUUCCGAGUAUUUCUUUGGAUAUGCUACGGUCCCCAGAAAAAGAUGCUGCCCGCACUUCUCUUUUUCCUAGCUUAGAUUAUAAAACACUGCAUAAUGCCCUUGUUGAGCUAGUUGAUGCUGUGCCUCUGGUCCAACAUGGGGCUCAUGCCCUUGGUUACACCAUACUUCAUACUCUUGCAUGUUUAGUACCAUUUUUGGAGCAUGAACUCAUGGAUACGCUUCCUUACCUUGUAGCAUCUACAAUGACCCUCUUUCCUUGCUCUUUGCAUAAAGACAUCAUUGAUGUUCUCUGCAAUCACCUUCUUCCUUUUACGUUUAGAGAAGAUCCAAAGCAAAACAGUGACAGUUAUGCUAGUAUGUCAACUGCUGCUGUAUUAAUGAUGAUUUUUCAAUAUACAGACUGUUCUGCAUAUCACUGUCAAGUUUUGGAAUGUCUGAUGAGUCUGAAAAAAGAUAUUGUUAAAGAUCUCCUUUGUGUGAUUGCUCAUGGAACAGCUAAAGCUCGUUGCCAUGCUGUAGAACUUCUGUUUCAGUAUCUUCCAACUUUAAACCCAGCUCUUUUGGACAGGAAAGGAAUUGGGUGGCUUCUAGACUCUCUGUGCACCCUCACCUGUCUUGUUCUCUUUCCUACUUUCUCUCCAUCUUCUGUAUCACCUUCCCUUAUGCCUCAAGGAUCAGGCCAUACUGGGUGGAAACCCCAGUCUUGCCAAAGGGAAAACUGUUCCAGUGCGUCUGGAAAUGAGGCAGUGAAGAUGUGCUUUGAACAUUCUGUAGCAAUAACUUCUGGUGAACAUCCACCACCUCUUUAUAUGUGUGAAGCAUGUGCUGAAGAAGUUGAACAAGUGCAUGGUUCAGAAAAUUUAAUUGAUGUUUUGUUACCAAUGGAUAAAGUUUCAGUAACAUGUGAAGAUCCGGAUUGUAAAGCUACUGACAAAUCAGCAGUUGCAACUUGCUUUUCAAUAGAGUGUGCGAAACGUAAUGGCCAUCGUCCAAUUAGGUACUGUGCCCAGUGUGUUGUGACAUACCAUAAUGAAGAACAAGGAGUUAAUCAUAUGAUACAUACAACUAUACCUUCACCUUGGAGUAUGGAUUUAGAAACUCAGUCUUAUAUGGUUGAAGCUGUUAUAAGUCUUCUUCGAGAGGCAGAGCCAUUAAAUGAGAAACAUAUCUCAGAACCUUUGAAUGGCCAGGAAGAUGAAGAUAGCAGAGAAAUGAGAGUAGUAGAAGAGAGACAGCUUUUAAGCCGUUAUGGGAUAUGGCUACUAGUUGGUCUUUGUACACCAAAUGAAAACACACCAGAUGAGUCAUUAGGCCGUCUGCUGAGCAUGUUAUUCCAAUGGUUUAGUUAUACGGCUUGUUUACCUGAUGAUCAAGCUGGGAAUGCUCUAGAGCGAUUAAAGGCUGAGUACAUUCAUGGAUGGCUGAUGGAAGUUGCUAAAAGUCGCUUUGAAGUAUUUGUUUCAUGUUUGUUACCUCAUCCAGUAGAUUAUGCUAAAGUAGGUGGUCACUGGGAAUCUUGGCCAUCAUAUCCUGUGCAAAUCAAAGAAGGAUUUAAAAGGUUGUUAUGCCUUGUUCCAUAUGAUAUAAUCACUUUAGAAAUUUGGGAGUAUAUAAUGCCUUAUUGGAUGGAUGCUUUUAGACAUGAAGCCAUUGAAGCUGAAUUUACUGAACUAAAAAUUCUUCUAAGUAAAAUUCUGGAUCCUGACUUGAGUCCGCUUGGAUUUAAUACAAAUGAUAUGUAUAAAUUUUUGAGCAUGAGAUUCAAAACCCAUUCUGCUGCCAUUCAAGAACAAGCUCUGUAUUGGCUCCAAAUUUUAAGUGCAUUGGAAGUUCCAGUACCAUUAGAGUUGCUUUAUGAUAUGUUCAUGAAUGGAGUUUCUAAUAUGGUGUCUCGUGAUGAAAAGAAAGAAGGAGAAAAAAGUUGCUUUCUAAUUCCACCUCCAUCUCAUGAACAAAAAGGAAGUAAUGCACAAUUAAAGUUCCAGCGAUCACAUCUUAUGAAUGUUCCAGAAGAUGAAAAUCCUCUGUUGGAUGUGGAAUACAAAUCAGAUGCCGAAAUAGAUUUGUCAUGCUACAUCUUAAUGCUUGACAUAUUGAUCAAGCAAUUAGAACUUCAAGAAGUUCCUUUGCACAAAGGUUUUGAGCAGAAAGAUGCACAAAGUAUAUUACUUUUGAUUCGAAAUUUUAUUGAAGCACCUUGGGAAGGUAUUCAUACUUGUUCUGAACCUACAGAAGGCAGUCAGUGUAUAUUCUGUGAAAUGUGUGCUAUAUUUUAUCAGCUGAGUCUUAUGCUGAUUGAAUACUUUUCUCCUGUGAUGGAAGUUACUAUGGCUGAUAUUCCUGGAGGUUCUCCUGUUCCUGAUCUGAAGUCUGAAUUCAGAUACCAACAUGAAGGUACUCCAGAGAGAAAUGAAACUAAUAUCAAAGCAGAAGGUGAAGGACCAAGUCUUUCUCCUCAUAGAGAUGAUAAUGUGUCUCACCAUAGUAUUGUAAAUUUCUUUUCUGAGGAUUCAGAAGAUAACGUGUUUGUAGGUCACACUUCUCCAAUUCAAACUGCUACAGUACAGGAAUGCUCAACUGAGCUGGAUACUGUCUCAGUUAUACCUACUGAAACAGUGGUAACUGCAAUUGCUACAGAAGUUACUCUAACUGAGGAUGAUGUAGCUGGAGCAAAAUGCACAGUUGCUGCUGCAUUACUCAUUGAUGAAAAUGAGUCGAUAACAUCUCAGAGUGUAGAUGAUGCAACUUUUUGGCAUACAAGUGAAGGCAAAUUUAAGUUCACUCUUGAGGAGUUACCACCUCAGCUUCAACUUUUCUAUGUGUUACUUAAGGAUCUUGCCGUACUUGAGGAUGCUGAUGUUUUAUAUCAUAUUCUCUCAUGUCUGAAAGUAAUGUGUCUGCAUUCUGAGGUGUUAAAUAAAGCAGCUCAUAAUCAUCGUGGUUUUCUUAUUUGGUGCCAGGAGAAUUCUUUGAUAGCAAAUUUGUGGAAACUUCUUCAGAUGGAGUUCUCCCAUAUAGCUCAAUUGGCUACUGCCUUGCUUCUCCAUUCUAUUACUCUUCCAUCUGGUUCGGAUAUAUUUUGGAAAAUUAUAGAGCAUGAUUUUCACAAUAAGGAAUGGAGAGCAAGAUAUGCAGCAGUUGAAAAAGUAACGGUGAUUGCGCACUUUGUGGAUGUAUCAACCGUAAAAAACAGUCCUCUACUGCAGUCUGCACUUGCUGGUGCUUUCUCUUAUUUAGUUCAUAGUUUAGAUGAUGAGCAACCAACUAUUUCUCAAAGGGCUUUACUUAAUUUGGAAAGCAUAAAAACGCCAUCUCUAAAGUUAUUUGUCUGGUGCUUAGAAGUGCAGUUUGACUGUAAUGUUAUGGAUCGACCUAUGAUUCUGCAGACAAUAUUUCAAAUUCAUAAUCAUCUGACAAACAGGCGUUUUCUUACUUGGGAUUUCUUCCUGAAUCGUUUUGAUACAUUAUUUCUUGAAGAUCAGAUAAUUUUGGAGAGACUUGGUGAUAUAUCAUAUGUCAGAGAUCUGAAAAAUACAAAUGUAAACAGUGAAAUGUUCCAAAAGAAAUUAAAAAGAGCACAUGAAUCAUUAUCUCAUACUAGCAGUACUAGAUCUUUAACAUCUAGUUUUGGUGAGAAAAUGCCAUAUAAAAGGUCAGCUUCAGCUCCUGGUGCUAUGUUACAUCGCCAAGAUAAAAUUGAUAAAGAUAAAUCAUAUGAACGGCAGUCUUCUGCUCCUGUAUUAAAGCGUAAAAGCUCUCGUUUGGUAGGAAGUUCAGUUGGAGUACUUGGACCUUUUCAGCAUUUUCCAAACAGUUUUUUCACUGAUGGUCAUUUAAAAGAUACGGUACAAGAAGAAACUCAUUUCUUAAAUGUGCUUUAUCGAGCAAUGGACACUGAGGAAAAUGAUAAAGAAACACUUCAUCUUUUAAUAUUUCUCCUCAUGCAGUUUCUCUCACGACCUGAUCCUAUACAUCGCACUGAUGAUAAAAUUACAAGGAGCCAGCACAUUGUUUUGCGACAUUUGAAUAUUCUCUUGGGGUACAGUCAAAGUCAGGGUGAAGGAAGAUUCUUAUUACCUCCUCAUAAAAUUCGGAGUUCUACAGUAUUUAGUACUUUUCUCGUGUGUAUGCCUAAGGUAUUAGACUACAAUUUUAGUGUGGGAAAUUUCCUUCUAACCAUGUUUUUAUCUGUACUGGUAUGUUGUCCUUCUCCUCAAAAGUAUCCAAGUGAGCCGAACCCUCCUACAUAUUCUUUGUGGUUGCUGGAUUCUUAUUGUCGUCAUUCAUGGCUUCAAUCUACUUUGGUUAUUAUGUACAAGUAUCAUUAUGACACUUUUCCCAACAAUCGGUAUAUUCAUUGGUUGAUUCUCAUUAUACUGAAUACUUUGAAAGCUCAGCGUCAUCGAUGUAAACUGCUGCAUGAACCUUUACUUAGUCCCUUACCAUCCAGAUCUCGAGAUUUUAAUACACCAUCAGCUGACCUGGAGCAUGCAAUUGAGAGAGAAAAAGAGAUGUCUUAUGAUACUUCUUCAUUACAUGAAGAUGGAUCUAAGCCGCCACUCAAAGGAAAAUCUAAGUUCUCUCCGACUGAAAAGAUAGAAGAUACUUCAGCAGAACAACAAAACCAAAAGCAGUUAGGCAAGGACAAAAGUCAUCAGUGGAAAUCUUGGAAACCGAGUGAACGUAGUUGUUCUAGUGAAGGGGAAGAUGCAGAACCUGAAUUAGAAGCUAUACCUGAAAGCCCCAAAUCUGAGAGCUCGGAGAUGGAGCACUUUGCUUCUGAUAUUUCGUGCUACCAGCAAGCAUGUGUGAAAAUGAGUGAGCCAUGUACUGUGGGAGAAAGUGUUAUUGUUACAACACCUUGGACCAGUGUUGCUGAAGAAGCAGUUGCAUUGCCCAACUCUACAAAUGUGAGAGUUAAUAUUUUAGAUGAUAAAUGUCAAAAUAUAUCUGACUUACCUCAAAGUUCAAUUUCAUCUGAAGGAGAAAAUGUUAGCAUUAUUGAAAAGUCUUCUGUUGAAGUCAUGGAAAAGAAUAUUGAAGUAUCUAUAGUUUCUGACAAUAGUGUAACUUCAGAAAUGCAAAAUAUUUUCCAUGAUGAUAUAAAUCAUCCGUACUCAGCGACAGUCAAAAUACCCCUCCAGCGUAUAAUGCCAGAUAAAAAUGUUCAAAUGAUAAGACAAAUGAGUAAUCAAGCUCAAGAUAACCAAGAAUCUAUAAACGUAAGCUCUGAGCUUCAGGCUGCUCAGGGAUUAUCUGAAAGCAGACUUUCAACGUAUCUUCCAAAAAGUAAAUCUGCAUCUUCCGAUGCUAAGGAAGAUUUGUCAAGAAUGAAAAGUUUGCCUCAUGAAACAUACAAGCAUCAAAAUGUUUGUAGGAGCAAAACAGACAGUAAUAUCUUAGAUUUACCAUAUAGUGAUGAUAACAAGGUGUCACAUUCCAGGUAUCCUCAUUCAAAAUUAAUGCAAAGCAAACGAAAUACUCAAACUAAAUUAUCAAGAAAAGCAGAAAUACUGAGUAGUGAAAAUUUGACUGUUCCAAUUUUUAGACCACCUCUUGAAAGACUAUUGCCUAUAGGCUUACCAGAAAAAGAAAAACCAAAAAGAAGUGAUUCUUUAUCAGUUGCUCAUCAUUAUGAGCCUGACCUAGGUCUAUUGCAGCCAAGCAUGUCAUAUGAUCAAACUCCAUUGCGUGACAUGUCUGUUACUCGAGAUUUUUGUGAAGAUAAAGGUGUGCAGACAGGCAAUUUAGACCCUGUAUUUGACAUUCCUGCUCAAGAAAGGCUUCUACCUGUAGGCCCUUUACCAUCAAAAAAAGAUGCUUUUCCACCUAUCUCAAAACCAACUGUAGAAUUAAUUCCUAAAUUGUCAUUGAAAAGUAUUGCUAAUGAAGAUGUAUCCAGCCUUCAGGGUGCAGCAAAAUUAGAUCAAGUCGAAAAAGUCAAUGAUAACAUUUUAAUUAAAUUUGAAGAAGAUGGAUCUGACACCAAAAAAGGUGCUAUUAGUUCUGAAUUAAAAAUGUUAAAUAAAAGUAAAGAAAGUGGCCAUUUUGAUACUAAAUCCAAAGGAGAAUCUGAUGCUCCAGGGAAAAGAAUUUCAGUAGAAUCUGAAGGCAGUGCACUUGGUGCUAUGGCCAGCGAAAAUUUUAUGAACAGAUUUUUCGAUCUUACUCCAGAUAUAUCUCAGCCUACUUCUGCUUUUGGUGUAUUUGAUGUAUGCAAAAGUGCUAUGGAUAUGAACAAUGAGGAAAGUACUAGUCAAGAAAAGAAGCAAAUAGAAAAUGGUGAUCAUAGGAAUAGUAGCAGCAGUAUGGAUCUCUUAUCAAAUGAAAAAAUUGAACCAUCAAUUCUAUCUCAUGAGAAUAUUAUCCAAAAAAGUCUUGAGAAAGCCUUUGAAGAUGACAUCAAAUGUAGGCUUCCAUAUAAGCAACGCAAGCAAAGAAAGUCUGGAUUAAGUACCCUUGAAGCUCAGAGAAGUUUUGACUAUCAAAAUGCAAGUGCCAGGCGUCUAAGAAAAGUAGAAAUGGGAAGCAUAUCUAGCAUUGGUCUAGCAUCAAAACGUUCAAGUACAAGCCAAUCCUUGUAUCCUCGUUGUGGAGAUGAUAUGGUAAUUGAACGAUGUACUGAAUGUGGAGCUGUUCUUGAAGAAUACAGUGAUGAAGAAAUAGGUCUUUGUAUUGUAAUUCUUUCUACGUUUGUUCACAGAGAAGCAGCAAUGGCAGCACCUUUAUUACCAAACAUGUUGAGAGUUGUUGCUAGAAUUGCAUCGUCUCCAAGUUAUCCAUGGCAAACUGAAAGCAAUAUUCAUUUACCUGGUGGUUCAGUCAGCAUUGCUAGACAAUUUCUGCGUUGCACUUUGCAUCAGUUAGCACCAAAUGGAGUUUUUGUGCAGAUAUUUCAGUCUCAUGUUAUAGAGCCUGAAUUUUACAAAACAAUGGCAUCUGCAUUAGCUGAUUUUACAGAAGUUAAUCAAGUUACUCCUCCACUUCUGUUGUUUGAGAAUCUAAAUGAUAGAAAACAUCUUCAUCAUGAUGUAGUAUUUCACAUUCUGGAUAAUGUUGCAAUUUACCUAGACAGUUUGCCUUUGGAAAGUAAUAUUCCACCUUGGGCAGGUUUUCUCCAACAACUUGAUCUUUUUCUCAGGAAAUUUCUUCUUACAUUGUCACCUGGUCCUAUUCAGCUGGAUAGCAUCUUACAAAUUAUUUUGUGUGUCAUGAAACUACCAGUUAUAAAAGAAGCUAAGUCAAUUCUAGAUCCUUUCUCAAAGAUACUCAGUCAUGCAAUUCAACAUUCUUCUCUGGACUAUCACCAGCUGUCAGAACUGUGCACUGUUUGCAACAAAAAUGUCAGGGAUCGAGAUAAGCAACUUUUGACACGAACAGCUGUAUUUGAAUUAGUUCAGGCAAUGAAGUUUAAAACAUCUAUACCUGAUGCAAAUCUUUUAACUUUGGUCCAGUUUGUCUUAACCGACUGUGGAGGACGCUUGGCACCAAACGUCAUACUUGAGUGUAUUCCUGUUAGCACUGAAAGUCAGUCUACAUACAAAACACUAGCUGGUGAGUGCAUGCAACAAUAUUUGAAUGAUGCGCUUGAGUUUGUAGCAGAUAUUCAUACUCUCAAUAAAGUGAAGAAUAUGCUAUAUGGAAAUUCAACUCAUCUUAAUGAGGAAACUCUAGGUGGUCAUUUAAAAGCAGGUAUUUCACAGUAUUUAGCCAUUGAAUUUUCAAAAAAUAAUGGACGUGACAACAGAGCCAUCAGCCGCUAUCUUCCAUGGUUGUAUCAUGCACCAACUACUUUACAGCAAGGACCGAAAGACUUUAUUGAUUGUGUCAGUCACAUCAGAUUAUUAUCUUGGCUGCUUCUAGGGGCAUUAAUUCAUAGUGCUUUGAUGCAAACUCCUUCUGCUUGUCAGCCUAUUCCUUUAGAAGCUAAUGGUCAUAUUGCAGAACACAUACAAGUUAUUUUAGCUGGAUUUUCAGAACAGUCAAAGGUUUCAGUUCUUCACAUGUCUUCUUUAUUUCAUGCUUUCAUUUUAUGCCAGUUGUGGACUAUGUAUUGUGAGCACAUGGUUGCCCUGAAUCCACCUGGAAGUGAACAGAAUCAAGUAUGUGGUUUGACUCUUACUGACUUUUGGGCAAUGGUUACUCCAGGAAUUCUUCAACUUGUCUUUCAUUCAAAAGUUGAAGAGUAUCCCCAGUUGGCUGAGAUGGUCAGUCUUCAUUUCCUUAGCCUCAUGGAAGCGUUGCAAGAGUGCAAUUCUACAGUGCUUGCUCGAUUAUUGCCAAUGUGGACACCAGUGUUGUAUAGUUUUCAAGGACAUCUGUCAAAUAACCUGCAUAUGAGAUUACAAGCAUGUGUCAGUUGCCGUCCUCCAACUCGAUCUCGAGAAGAAACUGCUGCAGUGAGCACUACAUUCCUUCGCUGGCUACAGCGAUUGCAAUUUAAAAUGAGUCAAAUUGAAUUACAGUCUUCAACAGCAACACAGUUCUAUUCAUUGUAGAUUUUAUGUUUUAAAUGCAGUAUUUACAAAAGUGAUAUAGAUGUAUUUUUCUAUGUGCAGUAACAAAAAUUUCUUUUGCUGUAGAUUUAUUAUAAUUAGAAUGCUUUAAUAGUAUUUUUUUUUUAAUUGUGAAAGCUUUUUAUGCAACUGAAUGUGAUUCUUAUUGCUAAGAACUGUUUUGUGCUUUAAUGAUGUUUGCUUAAAUAUAGUCUAUUACAGAAAGUAACAUACUUAGUUAUCUUUAGUGAAGAUAUGUCAAUGUACUAUCUAAAUUAGAUUUGGUAAAGUAAUUAUUUGCUAAUUCAGCAAUUAAUCAGGUAAAAAAUUUUACUGCAACUUUUUAUAAAAUGUAUUGUAUCUUUUAUUUAUUACAUUUAAAUAUACAUUUUUAGUUUUUAUAUUUUACAUAAUUGUCUUAGAAUUCAUAUUUAAUAAGACUUUUUAUUAAAGUCCUAAAAAGCUAAAAAACUAAAUCCUAGGUUCUUGAAUCUCUUAAAUUGUCACAUUUGUAUCUUAAGGGGGGGCAACCAUUGCUGAUUUUUCUUAAAUAAUCGGUUCUUACUUUUUUUUUAAUACUGAAGAAAUCUGAAAUACAUUUCAUAAAUAAAAAAUUGAUUGUAUCUGUAUCAUGACUCUGGGUGACAUAUCCUUAAUUAAUAACUCUGUAUAUAUCUUUGCUAAAGGAGAAAAGAGUUGCAUAUUGAAUUGUUAGCUUAAUGAUAAAAGUUAAUUUUUAUAAAUUAGUUAUUGAGAAAGUGUAAUUUUUUACAGAAUAGGAAUAUCAAACAGUGGAAGAAAAUGGCAUUCAUAAACCGACAAAGGUAUCUCCCCCCAUUAAAUAAUAUUGAACAGCUGUUUAGCAGCAUUCUUAUUGCAAAUUUAUAUUUACUAUAUAUUAUUAAUCUUUAAAUCUUAUUUGCAAAAAAUUAAAUUUUGAAUAUUUCUGACUGGGAAAAGAUUAAGAUUAUAUUUUCCCAAAUAAUUUUACAUAUACUUGUAAUUUUGUUAAAUCAUAAUCAAGUAGUAAUUUUUGGGAGGGAGAAGGAAGGGGUGCUUUUUGUUUUUGUAGCUUGUACGUGGAUGUUUACUAUAUCACUGGAUUUUUAACUAUUUUGAAUUGAGAUUUUUUUGAGAAAUUUAUUUUUUCCACUGCAAUACAUUUUAGAUCUUUUGCUUGAGAAGAAAUUAACAAAGGAUAAGCAAGAUGUUUGUAUAUUAAACAGUUUUAACGAAUUUGAGAUAAAUUUCUCAUGAAGGUAUUCGAAUUAUUUUUAUUUGUUUUCCCAGUUUAUUUUUAUUAUCCCACAUUUUCAAAAUAACACUUCUAUUUUUUUAAUAUAAGAAUUAAGUAUGAGUUAUCAUAUUUUAUCUCUGAUUAGUAUGUGUGUGUUCCUCCAAAUAACUAUCUAAUCCAUUUUAUUAAAUUAUUUUAAAGUUUUAUUAAAUUUCGUUGUUCAUUCUUUGUUCUAUGAAAAUGUUAUUCUAUGAAAAAUAUCUUUGUAUAUAAAGUACAUGUUUUAAACUAGAUUUAAUUAUAUGUGCAUUAGAGGGAAAAAGUUAAAUAUUUUUAUUAAAAAAAAGUCCAUGUUUUUGUGUAUUUUGUAAAGGUCACAAAUGUACAGUAUGUUGAAUGAGAUGCUAUGCUAAUGCAAUAGCAUAUAUAGUUUAUAAAAUAAUAUAUAUAAGCAAGAAAAACUGUAUUGAUCUCCCCAUUACUGUACAUAGAAAAAGCAUUGUUGCAUAUAACUGUACUGUGUUAUAUUUUAAAGUAUAUAUAUAGGAAUUUAAAGAUUGAAGAAAAAUUUUAUUUCUGUUCAUCUAUACUACUGCAUUGAUAUUAUCCAUUUGCUGUUACAUGCAUAAUUGUAUUAUAUUAGAGUAGUGGUCUUCAAACUGUGUUUCAUGGAACACCCCAGUCUGAGUUCUGCAAUUCAAAAAAGAAAAUUAGAAACCACUAACAUAAUUGACUAGUGUUUAUUAACUAUAAACAUACAUUUAGUUAUCCUUGAAAAUUAAUCAGAAGAUUUGUGUGUGAGCUGCCGAUGUUCAUAACAUGAUGUCAGCAGUGAUAUAUGUGUAAAAGUAGCUCUGAUUUUUCAGUCGAUGUGUAUGGAUAAAUGUUUCUCACAUAGCUAUAAACAUUUUAAUGCCAUUCAGAACAACAUAUGUAAGUGAAAAAUCAUUCCCAAUGUAUGUGACAACAAAAUAAGAAACAAAUUAAAUGCAGAAUAUGAAAUGCAAAUAACAUCAGUAGGGCUCACUUUAACAGUUUGUGUAAAAAAAAAAAAAAAAAAAAAAAGGAAGCACACCCAUGUCACUAAAUUAAGUGUAGGUGAUACCUGGAGCACAAGUUAAUACUAUUAAUGAGUAAAUUACAUUAAUUUUAACAUUUUUUUUAAAUAAAAAUAUGUUACUUUUCUUUAACCCUUUCUUUCUGAACAGUACACAUGUGUACCACUGAUAUUUAUAAAUACCUGCAGGAUAUAUUUAACAUUAUAACUGAAAGAAAAGUGUACCACUACAGUAUUUUAAGUACCACGACAUCACUUCAAUGUAUAACACCAUGCGGAUUUCACUAAAUGUAAGGUUAUGUUUGUUAAUAAACCAGUGAGCACCUGUAUUAUAUAUUUUAAAGUAAAUUUGUGCAAGAAUAAACUUGAUUUCAUAUAUAAUUUUAUUCUGUAAUACUUAUGUUUAGAAAAGAAAUAGAAUAUCAUGUAUGUAUGAAUUACUUAGUUUAGAAAUUAUUUAUCUAUUUGUCAUAUACCAACCGGUACAUAUGUGCCCCAUUAGGUUUGUAAUUAAGAUUUUUAUUUUAGCUCUAAAACGGCUCGCCCACUGAUGCAAAAACAAUUAGAAGCUGAAGCUGAAAAACUAGUUGAAUCAGAUUCAGGGACGAAAGGGUUAAUUCAUUAUAUAAAGUACCUACAACAUAUUGAUCUCCUUAUUUUAAGAUAUUUUAUUUUAUUAUUGUAAGGUAUAUUUUUAUAAGGGUAAAACCGUGUUUUCUGGAAAAAAAAAAAAAAAAAAAAAUCUAAACUUAUGUGUUAAAAUCUUAUGUGUUGAUGAGGUUUGAAGACCACUGUAUUAGUCAAUCCAUUAAAAAUCAAAGAAAACAACUUCACACAUUCAUUUUUGAAGUUACUUGAAAAAAAAAUAAUUAAUAUUUAAUUCAAAUUAAAUUUUAAAUAAGCAUUUUUAUGAAUAAAUUUAUUUAAUCUGAGCUGGAAGGAAGCUUUGCAUUAUUAUACUUUUUUAAAAAAGGAAAUUAUUAUAUGCAUGAGCAAUGAUAAUAAGUUCAUCAUUGUUAUUUUUAUGAAAAUGUUUAGCAAGUGUUGGAGAUAGCUUAUAUGAAUGUUAAGAUUUUACAGAAACACUCAUGCUUUUAAAACUUUUACAAAUUUUUAUACUUGUAAAAAUAAAUGCCUUGGAAUAGUAACGUCCAGUCACUUUAUCCAUAUAGCAUUCAUUUUUACUUCACAGGGAUUCAGUUCCCAUGCCGUAUUUUAUAUAAGGGUUUGAAAGAAAAUAUUUAAUCAUUAAAACGUACAUGAAUAUAUUAUAUGUUAUUUUUCGUGAUUUUUAAAUGAUUCAAUUUAUAUAAAAUAUUUUCCUAAACAGUAUUUAUCAAAAAGUUAAUUGCUUAAGUUAUUUAAUCUAUCACUAUUCCAUUACACAUAUAAAUUAAUAAAUAAUAAAAUUAUAUUUGUUUUAUUGUAAGUUAUUAUGCUCAAAUCAAAUUGCAUAGAAAUAGAUCCUUUUACAUCCUUGUGAAAUCUUUCUUUGCACUUCAAAUUGGCAACACUGUAGUUUGAACUAGCUUUGAAUCAUGUGCAAUCACAUCAACUUUUUUCACACCUUCAUAUUGCUUAAUCAAUCACUAUCAUUUUCGUGUCUAAAUUAAUUGUCUUUGCUUUUUAGCUUGUUGAUUGCUAGGCAAUGUCUAUUUUCUCUUUACAGUCAUUUCAUAGGUUAAUUAACCACAGAAUUAUAUAAACAAAAGGGACAAGACUUGAAACGAAAAAUAAUGCACAUGUACUGACUGAGCAAUAGCUGUAAGUAAUUCAAUGUGUUAUUAGUACUUAUUGAAGUAAAUAAAAAUCUUUUCUUAAAAUUCUUAUUAUAAAACCAUUUUUAUUUUUAGCCCUAAAGGGCUAUUAGUCUUGAAAUACGAUUUUGCAUUGUCUACCAUUGAUUAAUGAAAUAAGCUAUUAAAAGCAGAAGAUGCAGUUCUUAAAAAUAUUAUUAUUAUUAUUCUUUUUAAUCUGAUUAAUGUAAAUAUAAAUGUAUUUAACUCAUGAUGUAUCUAGUUAAAAACAUUAAAUAUUUCUAUAGAAUUACAUUAUGUAUUUUCCCACUUUUCAAAUGCACAGAUGAUGUAUCACAUUCACAUUCUAGUCUAACUACAUAUUCAUCCAGUAUCUCAUAAAAUGUUUCACUAUUUCCACAUGGGCCAUCUCCACUGAUGGUCUCUUCUGAUAAACCCUAUUAAAAUUUAACACAGCCUUUUUAGGCAACAGUUAAAAUCAGAAUCGUUUCAGAUUUGCUUUUUUAUUUAUUAUUCUGAUUUUAAAAUCCUACUAAGACUUAACUCCAAAGGUGGCUCCUUUUUUUCUUUUUAAAAAAAUUUCACUUUUAAAAUCCUACUGCAGCUUAAAUUCAAAAUAAUUUGGUAUUAGUUAGCGUAUGCAAUGCUAGCCAUUAAAAUUGCUAAAUCAGGAAGGAAAGCAAACAGCAGAAUCUUAUUUGUUGUACAUAAACAGUAUAAUGAAAAGAAGACAAGACUGAAUUUGCUGGUGGUUUGGAAUAUACAAUGGGUACUUUUUUCCAUGCAGCUUCAACUCUAUGCCAGAUUUCAUAAAUCACAGUGGCUGGUGAGUGAUGACAUGCCAGUCUCUCGGCAACCUAUCACCAGCUAUUCUUAAUGGACGAGAAAUCAUGAAAAUACAGGCUAGGGCAACAGUUGAACACGCUCUGUAUUGUGGAAGGUCGGGACAGUAUGAACAACAUGCGGUUGUGCAUUAUCUUCUUGAAAGAUGGUCCUUGAAAAUAUAGCCACAGCAUUAGAAAUGUAACACUGGUAUCCACAUUACCAGCUAUGUGAACAAGAGGUGACAAGGUUGUAUACCCAGUGACACUUCAUACUAACAAUGACAAAUGCAAGCUGGCAGUGUUAAUUCUCCUUGAUACCUUGUAACACAGACAUCAUGAUGUUGUACAUAGAACGAGGAUGAAAAACAACAUAAUGCCACUUCAGUAUCAUCGUUCAUUGCACCACUGUAGGCUUGUCUCUGCUGCAAUGUCAAGGGAAAUUGCAACAAUGAUCACUGCACUGCGGACAUCAUCCCACCGUCCAUGCAGGUGCAGGAGCCAAGUUCGUGCUCAGGUUAUGUGACAUGGCUAUACAAUCUCGCAAAGCUGAGAAGGCAACAUGUGUGCCAUCUCAGACAUUAAUGGUCUGGGGUAACUUAGAUCUUGCACAACAUUCAGUAUGGCUUUCCUGAGCCCAUUGAUUCCAGAUCUACUUAACAGUCAUGGGAUGCCAAAUAGCAUGAGCAGCAAUAUAACAGGAGGAUAUCUGUAUGAUAUUACCAUGGUCGAAUUCCAAUACAUGCUGUUAGGAGUUUCUUCUUACAAGAGGCGUAACAUGGCAUUUACACAACCAACAUUCAAAUAUAAUUUCCAAAUGAGAAACCUGCUGUACAGUCUUCUCAUUUACACACAGUGUAACGGUAUUCUGAAAUGCUAAUUACUUAUGUAUCCCACCUUUUAUGCAUAUUUGACAUUUAUUACAUGCUGCCUUCACAGUGUAGCAAUUUUAAUGAUCAGCAGUGUAAUACAUAUAAAUAUGAGUUCAUAUGCAGAGACCCACUAAAAACUUUUGUAGCAGAAGUGUGUAAAGCACCUUUUACCAUGAGCUAUCAUUUAAAAGAAAAGGAUGAGCUAUUAGACAAAAGAAACGAUAUAAAAGGAAAUAUUAUGUAAAUUGAGACAUGUUUAAAACACUGAAGUUCUCUUAAAAAAAACUAUAAUUUAAAUAUACAGAUUAAAAGCUUAAUUCAUUUAUAAAAUCUUGAGUUGUAAUGAUCAUAUCAAAUUACAAAGAAAAGAACAAAAUUCAAUGAAAUAUCAAAUCAGUAAAUAAAUAAGAAUUCUACCAUACUUUUUUAUUGAACUUUUAAGAGAAAUUAUUCUGUUAUUUUGUAUUUUGCAAAAAUAAUAAAACAUUUAUUAAUAACUAAAAUAUAUUGUUAAAUUGAUCCCCUUGAGCAAUCUCACCAUAUGAUUGUCUAUUUAAAAGAACUGUUAUUAAGAAUUACCCUCGAAAAAAACCCAACCUGGUUCUCAUAUAUCUUUUUCUUUAAGCAUGUUUGAAUUUUCACUGUUUUUGGCAAAAAAUACUGAUUAUCAUAUGAAAUUUUUAUUUAAUUUAUUAUUAAAAAUAUUUAUUAGAUUCCAGUCUCUUAUUAGUAACAAUUUUUUGCAUACUAAUAUAGUAACAUUACAUUGCAGUCAAAUGAAUUCCUUUACUUAAAUCAUAAUAACGUUCAGUCACUGAAAUACAUCUGAAUACAUGCAUUCUUCCUUUUUGUUUUCAUUUACUAAUUGUCUUAGGGUACAAAUUAGAUAUGUAAACAAAAACGUUUUGAGCAGUACUUUAUUUAUUUACCAUGACUCUCGAUUUGUAAUUCAUAGUAAAAAUGCAUAUAAUUAAAUCUGAUAAAAUGAUAAGUACUAAUUUUUACACACAUUAGAUAAUUUGCCAAAAACAUCUUGUAUGUAAAAUAAUUAGAUUACUGAUUAUUUUUGAAAAUUUUAUUUCACGUACAGUUUUAAUGAUACUCUUCUGCUACGGAGACCAAAUUCAAAAAUGUAUGUAUGGAUGCAUGUACAUAUGCACAUAUGUUUGUGUCUACACACACACAUCCAUCCAUCUAUACAUGCAUACAUUAGUGAAUCCAGUCCCAAUAACAGAAGAGUACCAUUUUAACAAAUUACAAUAUAAGUGAUAUCACCAAAUUCAGGUAAUAAAAUAAUGUUUUCAUUAUUUUGUGCAUAAAUUAUUUUACAUCAUAGUAUAACCAAAUUAUCUUAAUCUAAUCAAAAGAAAAUUUGUUCCUAGAGUCAUAUUUGCUACAAAUUCUUAAAACUACUUACUAAUCUUGUGAAUGUUUAAGUAUUCUGGACAUAACUAAGUAGUGUAAGGGGUAAAAAUCUUUAUUCAAUUGUAAUUCAGAGAAUUUACAUGUACAAAAAUAAUUAGUUGUAAUUUUUAAUAAAAUUCUGUUAUAUUAAUUUUAAGAUUGUUAAAAGAACAAUCUUAUUUUUAUUAGUUUCUAAUUACGUUGGGUUGAUGUUAAUUGUAAUUUAGUGACAAUAAUUUUCAUCAGAGCAAGCCAAGUAAUCUAAUUAAUAUUUCAUUGAAAAUGUCAGCAUAGAAAGUUUAUUAUUCAACAACUUGUUAAUGAGGCAAAUGAAGCAUUCAGAGAUUAAAAAAAUAUUAAAUCUCACAACAGUGUGUACAUAAAUGGUUAUGAACUAUGCCAUUUUCCACCUAUGAAUAUUUUUAUCUUACUGUAUGAAAUAAAUGUGUAUCUUAUGCCUUAUAAAACCUAUGCGCCAAACUAUAAGCAACAGUUAUUCUAAGUCAUCUGGUAGAUAAGGAGUUAACUAAUUGUAUAUAAUAUAUUUUCUUAGAGUAAACAAAUCCAUAUCAUUUUGGUACCUGAAUUUCUUUUCUUUUAUUGCAAAUUCAGAAUGUACUUUAAUUUAUAUCUUUCAUAAUUAUAAACUAUUAUUUAUUGAAUCUGGGAAAAUUUAGCUGUUGUAGAAUACAAAGAAUCUCUAAGGAAAGAAUCUCCUUAGAGAUUCUUUGGUAGAAUGUAGCUGUUGAUAGUUAUUUAUUAGAUUUCUUAAAUACAAUAUGUCAAUACUUUUAGAGAUAUGACAUUUACUGUAAAUUAUAUUCCUAAGUCUAAACAAAUAUAUAAAUCAUAUUUAAUUUUAUUGCAUAAAUAACUGAGUAUAUUGUUAAAAAUCAUCAGAAUAUUUUAUUAAAAAGUCUAAACAAAAAUGCUUGAAGAAAGGCAAUAAUGAAUGCAUCAACAUUAGCAUGAAAUAAAAAUGCAUUAUUUAAUACUAUAAUCCAAUUUUGUUCCAACCUGAAAAGAUAGGCUUAAUUACACUACUUUGCUAUGUUGAUUAACUGACUUCAGUGUCACAGUGUGACUACUUACUAACUUUUUUAAGAGAUAAAAUCUAAAUCCAUUUCACACUGAGACUUUGGAAUCUGUUAACGAACACAGCAAAGUAUUCUAGCAAAUUGCCAUGUCUAAGAAAUUCAUUACAACAUUUCGAUGAUCUUUUCACAAAUCUAUUUACUGAUUCAUAUGUCUAACUGGACAGUAAUGAUCUUAACAUGGAUGUUAGGAACAUUACUGUGCAAAUUUAAAAUACUGGCAAUCCACUGGGUUAAAACAAAUAAUAUGGAUUACAUUUCUAAUAUUGACUGUGGCUAAGAAAAACUGCAAUAAAGAUUACAUGUAAAUUUCCUUCACUUCUUCAAUAAUUAGAAGGAAUAUGAAUUCUUAUAACUUUCCUGAAACUUUUAACUGCAAUUAAAAUAAAUAAUUAACACUAUACUUUAACUGUAUUUAUAAAAGUAAUAUAUAUAUAUGAAAAAAUAUUCUCUUCUCAAAAUAAUAAAGGAUGGAAACUUAUAUUUUGGGAUCAUUUUAUAUAAAUGGUAUAAAGAAAAGAUGUGUACAAACGUUUAAAAAAUUGAAAAAUUUUACAUCCAAAUUAAAAUGCGAAGUUAAAGGUAAGGUACUUUUUCUGUUCAAAUGAAUUCACUAAAUUUUCUUUCAUUGUGUCAUAUUAUAUGUGUAUUUUAUACAGAAGAUUGAUAAUCCAUUAAUCUACAAAAAUGUGUACCUCCACAAUGUUGGCUAAAAUCUUUUUUUUUUUUUUUUUUUUUUCCUAAAGUGAUUUUUUGGUAGAGAGGAGACUUGCAGAGAUAGUUAUGUAAUUUGUAAUAAAAGAAAUAUUGCAUUUGUAAAGCAGAAAUAGUUUUUUGGGGGGAAAAAUCAAUUUUAUGAUGUGCUUUUGCAGUUAUUUGUAAUGGACUAAAAUUGUUUUUUUUUAAUACAUACAUGUAAAUUUUUCUUUAAAAUGAGAUGCAUAAAAAUAUAAAAUAUCCUAAUUUUUUGUUUUAUAUUUAUUAACAACUUCUUUACCAAUUACCUGCAUUCACAUGACUAAAUAUCAUUCGUCAAUGCAGGAAAUUGGUAAUUAUUGCCUUAGUCAUACUGAAAAAUAUAACUUUGUUGGAGAGAAUGGAGUAAAAAUUACAGUUUUUUGCAAUUAUAAGUUUCUAUAUUUAAAGUUAGCUAACAUAAUUGCUUAUGUAUCUGUGUCAUUCAAAUUAAUGCAAAGUUGCAAUUUUAUGUCUGAACUUAUUCAGUUUGCAUAAUGCGUUUCAUGUACCUCAGAAUAAAAGUUAUUUAGACAGCUGCA